GCGCCCGUGGUCACCAUGGCAACGCAGCGGACGUCGUCCAACGGCCUGCCUGGGGGCGGGGCUGGGCCGGGCGGGCGCGCGGGUCACGUGGCGGGGGCGGAGCCUGCGCGGGGUCUGCAGGAUCGCGUCGGGAGCCGGUACCGAGGCCUGAGCCGCGGGAGCCGAGCGAAGGCAGCGCCGAGGCCGCAGUUCCACCUUGGGCCUCCCCAGCAGCAGCCAUGGGCAAUCCAGUUUAGAGAGAAGGUUCUAUGGACUGCUAUAACGCUCUUCAUUUUCUUAGUAUGUUGUCAGAUCCCUCUGUUUGGAAUCAUGUCAUCAGAUUCUGCAGAUCCUUUCUACUGGAUGAGAGUUAUUCUGGCUUCCAAUAGAGGAACUUUAAUGGAAUUGGGUAUCUCCCCAAUUGUAACAUCUGGUUUGAUUAUGCAGUUGUUAGCUGGAGCCAAAAUCAUUGAAGUGGGAGAUACACCGAAAGAUAGAGCUUUAUUCAAUGGAGCCCAGAAACUGUUUGGUAUGAUCAUUACCAUCGGGCAAGCCAUUGUGUAUGUCAUGACGGGGAUGUACGGGGACCCUGCGGAAAUGGGUGCCGGGAUCUGUCUCCUUAUCAUUAUUCAGUUGUUUGUUGCUGGUUUGAUUGUGCUGCUGUUAGAUGAGCUGCUACAGAAGGGUUACGGCUUGGGGUCUGGGAUUUCCCUCUUUAUUGCCACCAACAUCUGUGAGACCAUUGUCUGGAAGGCCUUUAGUCCCACUACCAUUAACACUGGCAGAGGUACUGAGUUCGAGGGCGCAGUCAUAGCUCUGUUCCAUUUGUUGGCCACCAGGACGGACAAAGUCCGAGCUUUACGGGAGGCUUUUUACCGGCAGAACUUACCCAAUCUCAUGAACCUCAUUGCUACAGUUUUUGUGUUUGCUGUUGUUAUAUAUUUCCAAGGAUUUCGCGUUGACUUGCCCAUUAAAUCGGCCCGCUACCGAGGACAGUACAGCAGCUACCCCAUCAAACUCUUCUACACCUCCAACAUCCCCAUCAUCCUCCAGUCGGCCUUGGUGUCAAACCUGUAUGUUAUUUCCCAGAUGCUGUCUGUUCGAUUUAGUGGCAACUUUUUAGUAAAUUUACUAGGACAGUGGGCCGAUGUCAGUGGGGGAGGACCCGCACGUUCUUACCCAGUUGGAGGCCUGUGUUACUAUCUUUCUCCUCCCGAGUCCAUGGGCGCCAUCUUUGAGGAUCCCGUCCAUGUCGUUGUUUAUAUCAUCUUCAUGUUGGGAUCAUGCGCAUUUUUCUCUAAGACAUGGAUUGAAGUGUCUGGCUCCUCAGCCAAAGAUGUAGCUAAACAGCUGAAAGAACAGCAGAUGGUAAUGAGGGGCCACCGGGAUACCUCUAUGGUUCAUGAGCUUAAUAGGUACAUCCCCACCGCGGCUGCCUUUGGCGGUUUGUGCAUCGGCGCCCUGUCGGUGCUGGCCGACUUCCUGGGGGCCAUUGGGUCCGGCACUGGAAUCCUGCUGGCAGUCACUAUUAUUUAUCAGUAUUUUGAAAUCUUUGUGAAAGAACAGGCCGAAGUUGGUGGCAUGGGUGCUUUGUUUUUCUGAAUGUUCAAAGACUUCAUUCUGUGCGUGUGAAAGGGAGAACAUCUGGAUGGAUCGCUUUUGUCAGAUGACACUGGUGAUUCCCCUUUUCUCCCCUCAGUUUCUUGUUUCGAGUGCUGGCUGACCCGUCUCUGAAACGGGCACCGAGCUAAGUCUGUGUGCAGCAUUAGUACCCGCUGCCUUAAAACUCAAGUUUACAUUAUUCAUUUAAAAAAAGUACAUCUAGUGUUGCCUGUAAUGCUGGAAACCAAUGUAUCUACCUUGCUGUGUUAAAUCAUGACAGUGAGAUGGUGACAUGGAUUCGUUUUGCACAUAACAUUCAAAACACUUAAUAUUGCCCCCACUUGUUUAAAAAUAAAUGUAGUUCAAAUUGCCACUUUCCAGUAUUUUUGAGCUUAUUUAAUGAGUUCUGGAACAUUUAUAUCUAAUCUAUAUUUUAGAUAAUUACUUUUUAUACUUUUUUAACUCAUGGUAUCCCUACUCCCCACCCCACCUCAUUUUUAUUUGUCCCUUCUCAAAGCAGCCACUUAGCCCACAUGGGCAAAAUCAAGUGUCCAGUUAUUUCUGUCACUAGAAACAACUGCUUCUAAGGCUCCUCCACCUCCUCCUCCCUUCCUAGUGACAGCAUCAUCGUGCUGUUUGCCUGUAUUGGCCAUGCCUUCUAACUCCAACCAGUCACUUGACAAUACUCUUUCAAGAUACUAGGCCCUGAUUCUUUUCUGUUUAAAUCCCUAAAGCAAAAAGAUCUAAUUCUCAAGCAAGGUCUGUAGUUAGUGGGGGUGAACAAUGAGUAAUUCAUGCUAGGAAUUUGUGUCUGUUGUACUCACAGCAGCAACAUGAGUGUAAACAGUAGACAAUAAAUUUUAUUUAAGAAAACUGACUCAGUUGUGUUGGAAAAAAAUAAAUCUGAUAUUAAACAUUUUCUAAGAUAAUUUGUAUAAGUUCAGUGUAUUUAUAAGAAGUCCACCCUGAGAUGCCUAUAAAAGUCAAAUGUAAUUACACUUCAAACUUUAAUCCUAAAUUAUUGACGGACAGUGACCGACUUACGGGUAAUCAUAUAUGUGACUAACAUUGGGGAGGAAACAGGAAAACAGUGAUCUCAAAACCAUAUCCCAGUCUCCAUUUAAAAGCAUAGUUCUUGGUAAAUCAUUUUGAAAACUAUGUGCUUUAUUUCCUAAAAGAUCAGACUUAAUUUUUAAAAGCCACCCUUUUCAGAAGUAUGGGUUUUCAUUGCUGUUUAGUUUCUUAAGUGUAGUAUGUCUUAUGUAGCUUAUGCUUAGAAAGCCAAAUAAUCGCAGGGGCAAGGCAGAUGAAGGCAGGCAGGAUGUUAACAAUGGCUCGGAGAGCAUCCACCUAGGGCCUCAGACCACUGUUACCAUAAAAACAUCGACCCAGUGUUAUGAUGUCCGAUUUUUUUUCCCUAAAGAAGGUGGAAAUAUGGCUUUUAAUAAUAGGAAACCUUCAGUUUUUCAAUGCAGGGCAAAUAAACAUUUUAAAACAGUGCCAGCCAGACUGCCAGUUCUCAAACAGACUGAAUUUCCAAAGCACAACCUUUU